GUUGGGCCUCCAGAAUUGAACGGACCAAGAUCAUCCCACCGGCCACCACAACUCACAACUCCAAAAGUCUCCCCGACUCCCCCGCCUGCUCUAAAUCUAAUGGCAACAAUGGCACGUCAAUGAGAAAAGCCAAAAAGCCAGAAAAAAAAGAAGCAGACGUAGCAGCUUGCAGUUGCAAGAAGCGGCGACGCGUAACAUUCGGCCUGAUCCAGGCUCUCCCCUUCCUCCUUCAAAUCCUUCCCCCCUUCCCUCCUUUCCAUCCUGCAUUCUUUCCCAAGAUUCGGACGCACUGACCUUCAUGAAUUCAACAACCGCUGGAGCAUCCACAGUUUCCUGCAGAUCGGGAAACAACAGCAACGGCAACACCUUGGGGGCUAGGCCCCAAGCAUACAAACCGCUGCAGAGCAAGUUGUUGUUUCCUGUGAACCCUCCGGAUGCUGUUGUCACCGACCAGUUGGAGCUAGACUUCGCCGAUGUCUUUGGCCCUUUGCCAGUGCAGCAGGCAUCACUCGAAUCCUCCAACUGUGCUGAUUUUGCUAAAUCUGAUGCAGCGGAACUAGUCUAUGACGAUCCUGUUGUCAUUCACAACCGUUCGCAUUCAUUGGUUGGCCCUUCCUCUUAUGUCAGCCAAUCGCUGAAGCUCAACAAACUCACUCUGCAUGAGACGGAGGGCUCUGAGAGCUCUGCUCUCUGUACUCUCUCCCUCGCCAUGGCUUCUCUGCUGUUCCCAAAUGUUGCAACCCUUCAACUCAAAAGCAAAGUUACUUGCUUGGCUCCUGUUAGUCCCGCUCCCUAUAGUUUCAGUAUCAGAAGAAGUAUCCAUGGCGGCGGCAGGUGCUUUGCGUUUUCAGGCCCUGACGAUUUACUCGACAGCGCCCUUCUCAAUCUUGACAACUUCCCUACUGUUCAAGCUGGAUUAGUUCAAUUCCAGAGCGCCACGGCGGAAUUUUCCGAACCGCAGAAAUGGGGAUUCCUGUUUUUCGCUGGGCUAACUUGGGUUUACUUAACCGCCAGACCCGGCGUUCUCGUCGGCGCCAUUGAUGCAUACCUUCUUGCUCCUCUUCAACAGGCAUUCGACAGCUUGAUUGGAAGGAGAAGCCUGAAAAGGACCGAUUUCCUUCUUGGCGAAAAAAUCGGGGAAGGGAGCUUCGGCAUUGUUUAUUCGGGAGUGAUUCUUCCCAAGAGUUCUGCCAAUACUGCAGCAGUAGAAGAUCAGGAUAGGGUUCCCAAAAGAGGGAGAAGGAAAUCACCGCAGUUGGACACCAAGUUCAAAGAUAAGGUCAUUCUCAAGAAGGUGAAGAUUGGAGUCCAGGGCGCUGAGCAAUUCGGCGAAUUCGAGGAAUGGUUUAACUACAGACUGGCCAGAGCAGCUCCUGAGACAUGCGCUGAAUUCCUAGGAAGUUUUGUUGCCGACAAAACAACCUCGCAGUUCGCCAAAGGUGGGAAAUGGCUCGUUUGGAAGUUCGAGGGCGAUUCUACACUGGCAGAUUACAUGAAAGAUCGUAGCUUCCCAUUUAACUUAGAGUCACCCAUGUUUGGUCGUGUCCUGCAAGGAGUAGAUUCUGUUCAGCGGAAUGCCUUGAUUGUGAAGCAAGUAAUGCGGCAGAUCAUUUCUUCACUCCGGAAAAUCCAUGACAAUGGGAUAGUGCAUAGGGACGUCAAGCCUCCUAACUUGGUCGUCACAAAGAAGGGGCAGAUCAAGCUCAUAGAUUUCGGGGCAGCCACUGAUCUCAGGAUAGGCAAGAAUUUCAUCCCUAAGGUCGGUCUCCUUGAUCCUGAUUACUGCCCGCCCGAACAAUAUGUGCUCCCCGAUGACACCCCGAGCCCUCCACCUGAGCCCAUUGCAGCCUUGCUUUCUCCCUUCUUGUGGCAGCUGAACAGUCCUGAUCUAUUCGAUAUGUACUCUGCUGGAAUUGUGUUACUGCAAAUGGCUAUACCGAGCUUGCGGUCAACAGCAGGGUUGAAGAAUUUUAAUUUGGAGAUAAAGAAUGCUAAUUACGAUUUGGAUAGAUGGCGGAAAUCAACUCGAUUGAGGCCUGACUUGACGAUUCUGGACCUUGACUCGGGUAGAGGAUGGGAUUUAGCUACUAAACUGAUUUCGGAGAGAGGGUAUCUUAGAAGGGGCCGUCUAUCAGCUGCUGCUGCUCUCAGGCAUCCUUAUUUCUUACUGGGCGGAGAUCAAGCAGCUGCAGUUCUCUCAAAGCUCAGCUUCACCAAAUAGCUACUGGGAUUCCCUUUGGACAAUGUGAGUUCAUAAGCGCGUCCCAGAGUUUUGAUUCAUUUUAUACAAACUGUGAAAAUUUUAACAUCCUUCAUAUAGUACAUAUAUGAUAAAUAUGAUAAUAGAUGGCACAUUAGUAAUUUCUGUUUCUCUACAACUCAUCGUGGUAGAGGAUUGUGUCGAGGGCGGUCUUCUUCUUGCAGCCCCAUUUGCAUUUCCAGGAACAGAGUGAAUUGAAGAUUGCAAUUCGUGUCGAAUGUAGUGAGAUCAUGUUCGAUGCAGAGGGAGACUUGGACAGAACGAUGGCAUAACCAUCAUCCAUGUAAUCAGUCCCUUCUGGGAACAGCUGCCACAUGAGGCUUCCAGCUCCACUCCCACCCCUUUUUGUCGAGUUCAAGAGUGUCUUAUACACUGUGCUGUAGAGGUUGUCUCGAAAUGUUGAGUUAUAGCCUUGGUCUUUUACAGACACUCCAAACUCCGUGAAAACGACAGGCAUUCCCAGGUACUUCUCUGCAUCAUCGAUGUGGGAUUCCAUCCAGGAUUUGGUGAAUUGAACGUGAGCAUCGGUGAUGGUUUGUGAUAUCCUUAGUUAUUGGCGACAAUGAGGCUAAGGUGAGUAAACAAAAUCGAAAAUUUCGCAUCUAGGACCAAAGCGAGGGCACCAGUGCAAAUUACCCACAGAAAUGCAAGGUCGUCGAGGUCUUACCAGGAGUCGGCGUACAUGUGUACAGAAGCGAAAUCAACGCCAAGAACCAUAUGGUUUCUGAUGAAAUCAGUUCCAACUUGUGUGGCAUAUGUGUUUGGGUUGAAUUGUGCCUUGUCAGGUGUGGAAGGACCAUAGAAUCCUUCCAACCCGAUCUCAACUAAAUGUUUGGGGUCCAUGCUCUUCACGUACACCGCCAUUUCUUGUAUCCAUGACUGAAGCUUGUCGCCGGAGGGAUCAGAGGUGCAGCGAGGCUCGUUCAUCAACUCCCAGGCAAAGAUUGUCGGGUCUUCCUUGUAAGUCACGUUAGUGAUGGUGUUCACUCUGUUGAGCACCGUCUACACAGAAGCAAGCGCAAAGGAAUACAACAGUUGUGCAGCGGCUGCCAUUGAAAACUCAGAUGAAUCAGGUGAAAAAGUGUGUUACUUUUUACCUUGACGUGAGCCUUGUAGUAGGUUCUGAGAGCUGGGUGGGAGAAGAAAUCGUCAUCGGAGGUUAGAUUGAGGCCUGCCUCCUUCCCCCACUUCACGUAUUGAGCUUUCCCGCCAUAGGCAUCCCAGUUGUUGGACAGAGACAGUAUCAGUCUGAUCUUGUACUUCUUUGCUUCACUUACCACAAAGUCCAACGCCUUGAAAACGUCUUCGUCGUAGACACCGGGAGACUUCUGAAGGGCACGCCACUGGCCGUCGUUGAAAGCCCAUGUUCUGCAGACGGUGAGGCCUACCGAGGAGGCUUGCUGGAAGAGCUGGGAUACCUUGGGCCUGGUGGAUUGAUCAGCAGCGAGUACCAUGAGCCAGUAGGUGUUGAAGCCAUUGACGUAGAAUGGUUGGCCGUUCAGCACGAACUGAUUCCCUUUUCUUCCCACCAUCUCCCAUCCUUCAUCAUCAUCUACCAAUUCCAGGUUGUCAUGAGAUCGAACAAAACUUGUAGUGGCAGUGAUCAGAAGGAUCAUCACAGCGAGCAGCAUUUGAAGCGACGAGCAAUAGAGUCGAAAUCUGUCGCCCAUGGUGAGUGAUUGAAGUGAUUAGCAGAUUGACACCGAGUGGAUGCAGGCAUUGAUGAGCAUAUAUAACUCCCAUUUGGAACAUCGCUCAUAUGUUUAUGAAUCGUGUAAAGAACAGAAUGGGGUAGAGUGGAACGUGGAAUACAAGAGAAGGGAAGAUGGGAAUGAGAAAUUUUGAGAAGGGUGUAUGGCUUUGAAGCCAAGUUAUAGGGUGUUUUUCUACUUUACCUUCCUCCUAGGGCUCUCGUUUUUCAAUCGUGGGAGCAAAGAAAGGAAAGGACGUCCGAGGAAUAGGAGGAGUAGGUGGGUGGCUCUAUUUGUGUUGCGAGUGCAAGUGUAAGCAAAGUAAUGUGCUGCCUCUAGCAGCAAGGGUUCCAAAUUUCAAAUUUUGGUAGGAGGGUGAACAAGGUGGUGUCGGUCAGUCGGUCAGAGCUUACAC